AUGUGCUGUGGGGGGGUUAGGCCAACUCUUCCAACUGGUCUUCGCCAGGAUAUCAAUCGAUUCGCUAUUGACGGAUUUGCCCAAAAAUACUUUUCCACUCACAAAAGAGGGCUCUUUAGACGCAGAGUUCCUAUGACCGAGAUGCUUCAAUGGACAAAGGAUUCACUUCGACAACCUCUGAUAAUGCUCAACAAAGAACUCUACAAAGACGCCCUUCGAUGCUUUAAACUAGUCCAGACAAUUAUGGGAGAUAGACCACGUCCUAGAAGUAUGACAGAAAUUGAGGAUUACCAGAGCAUUCUUGUGUGCGGCAUUACCAAGGGACAGAUGCGAGAUGAGAUCUAUGUACAGGUCUGUAAACAGAUUCGUGAUAAUCCUAGUGGAGAGAGUAUCAAAAGGGGAUGGGAAAUCUUGUGUGUUAUCAGCGUCACAUUUCCUCCCUCAAAAAACCUUGAAGGAUAUCUUGGCCACUUUGUUGAACAGCACCACCACACCAAAGAAAAUCAGACUGAUGUCAUGAGCCGACAUGUGUCAACAAAACUAAAGCGGAUCUGUAUCAGAGGAGCCAAGGGUAAGGUUCUCACUCCACCUGAAAUCGAGCGUGCAAAGGAAGCACCUUUUAAACCAAGUGUAUUUGGAGAAUCACUUGAAUUCAUCAUGGGGCUCCAGAAAAAUAAGGAGCAAGUCAAAUCUCUCCAAUUGCCUCAGAUUGUACCAUUUUUAGCUGAAGCAGUCCGUGAAAUGAAUGGCCAGAAAUCUGAAGGCAUAUUCCGAGUAUCUGGAGACGCAGAUGCAGUUACAGAUCUGCGUAUUCGCAUUGAAAACGGCAACUACGACACCUCUCUAAUUACAGACCCCAAUGUGCCGGCUAGUUUGAUUAAGCUUUGGCUGAGAGAACUAUCCAGUCCACUCAUCUUGCCAGAGUUUUAUGAUGGCUGUAUUCGAUGUGCCGAAGAUCCUGCAAAAGCACUAGCGAUCGUGAAUGCCCUUCCACACAUCAACCGACGAAUUGUGCUGUACAUGAUCAGCUUCUUGCAAGACUUUACUGACCCGGUCAUCACCGAACACACACUAAUGAACAUCUCUAAUCUUGCCAUGGUGUUUGCACCAAACUUCUUGCGCUGCCCUUCAGAGAGCCUGACGACCGUCUUUGAGAACUCUAAAUACGAACAGUCCUUCCUCAAGACCCUUAUUACUGAAAUAUCUGUCGAUCGUAAUAUGUGUCUUUACGAUGAAGAUGCUAGCCUAGUCACCGGCCAACUAAUGAAAGGUUAA